AUGGCUGCACCGCAAAGUCACAGAGAAUCCUUCGAGAAGGAAGAGACGCCAUACACAUCGCGAGCACACUCGUAUGUAGAUGACCCGGAGAAGCAGGAACAACAUCUACACCACCAGCAGCAAGACCAAAGCGACACGCUACGAAAGUACAGCACAGAUGGAUCACCUCUCGAGAUCUCUUCCUCACAUCUCUCGGUACCUGCUUCGCCUUACAUCCCCGAUGGCGGCUUCACCGCAUGGUUCCAGGUCACAUCAGGUUUCUUCCUCUUCUUCAACUCAUGGGGUCUUAUCAACGCCUUCGGGGUCUUCCAGUCGUACUACAAGUCGACGCUAAUACCCUACGAGACCGAAAGCAACCUCUCCUGGAUCGGCAGCAUCGAGGCAUUUUUGCUUUGCUGCUGCACCAUCUUCGCAGGACCAGCUUUCGAUCGAGGAUAUGGUCGUACUCUGGUUAUUGCCGGCACACUCAUGGUGGUCUUUGGCAUGAUGAUGACUUCUCUCUGCACGACUUACUGGCAACUAAUGCUCGCACAAGGCCUGUGCAUGGGCAUCGGUCACGGCGGACUUUUCAUUGUUAGCAUUGCCAUCGUGCCAUCCUACUUCAGCACUAAGCGCUCUUUCGCGAUAGGUCUCGCAGCCAGUGGGUCCAGCUUAGGAGGCGUCAUAUAUACCAUUGUGUUCCAUCGCCUUAUCGAUGUCCACCAUCUGAGCUUCGGCUGGGCAACCAGGAUCCUGGGCUUCAUGGCACUUGGCACCCUCGUCAUUCCCUGCGUAUGCAUCAAGCAACGCGCAAUACCCGCUGCACCGAGGAAGAACAUCAUCGACUUUAGCGGCUUCAAGGAGCUCCCCUUCAGCCUCUUCUCACUUGCUAGCUUCGUUGGCUUCAUCGGGCUGUACAUCCCGUUCUUCUACAUCUCAACCUUCUCCUCCACGAAAGCUGGACUUGACGACAUCAUGGCGUUCUACAUGCUUCCAAUCCUUUCGGCCGGCAGUGUUGCUGGUCGCAUCUUGCCGGGCUUCGCGGCCGACUACUUGGGACCUCUGAACAUGCUCAGCUUCUGUACGGUGGUAGCUGGUAUUCUCGGCUUCUGCUGGAUCGCAAUACCGGCACACGCAAGUGUCGGCGGACUUCUGGUAUGGUCGCUGCUAUAUGGAUGCUUCAGCGGAGCCUUCGUGAUACCGUUCGUUGGUGGUCGGCUAGGCAUGAACACAUUUUGUGCCGCGCUGGGACUCCUCAUUGGUACACCUAUCGCUGGUGUUAUACUGGGCGACAACAAUGCUUGGACGGGGCUGCAAGCGUUCUGCGGUGCGACACUACUCGCAGGUGGGGCGCUUGUUAUGGUUACUAGGUGGUCGAGGGCUGGAGCAGGUCUUGCGAGGAGAGCUUGA